UGUACACUGGGGUACGACUCGAGUGAUCUCCCUCAUGCUCCCACAACAAAGACAAAAACAUACAGUACACAUUACAUGGAGACUGAAGAUAAAAAAAACUAGAUCGUUAACAUGUCAGCAAAUCAUGAAAAGCCAAAACGCGAGCUUAGCUGCAAGUAAAAUUGUUGGUCCGGGAUUCGGAAGACACACCUGCUAGUGAUGCGAUUCUAACUGAGGAUGUCGGUGUUACUUUGAAAAGUAGCCUACUAGAGAUGCCAUGGCUGUCUGGGUGCUGUAGUCUCUAGACUCACUGGUGUGCUCCACUGGUGUGCUCCACUGGUGUGCUCCACUGGUGUGCUCCACUGAAGACAGACUGUGAAGAAGCCGAAAAAGGCUGUGUGUUUGGAACGGAGCCAAUGACCAGGAGGCUAAACUGAAGGAGAACAAGGCCACAGAGAAUUGAUUAAAAUGGGGGCCAGUUUCCCGGAGCCUCUCUCUGAAGUAUGGUGGCUCAUACUGCAGCCAUGCCGGACGUGAAGGCCCCUCCACCAUGUGACUACCCCUCAGCGGGCUGUUCCCCCGGCCAAGGCCACGGCCUCGCGGGCUACACCUGCACCGCUGGUCUCACCAUGGAUCUGGAGCCUUGCCUUAGCCUCACUGACUUCCCCCUGCCCCAACCCCUCUCUGGCUUCAGAGGCCACAGCGUACCCUGCUACCCGCCCUACCCUGGCCAGUGCCCCUUCAUACCCCGGUCUAACAGCAGUGCAUUGCUCACUAACCUGGGGCUCCGGUACUGCUCCACCAACAGUGUGCAGCACCCAGCCAGAGGUCCUGACUCUGGGCUGGGGUUGGGGUCAGGGUUAGGCUUGGGGCCCAACCCAAGGCCCUAUUGGAACAUGAACCAAGGCUGUGGAACUAGACUCUACCGCAGCAUGGAGAACCUGAACUGGAGUAAUUCUAUGUCUGAACCAGGCCUCUACUGUUCCCCAUAUAGCGCCCCCUACAGGGGCAGUGUGGACAGUGGGUUCAUCUUCCGCUGCACUGCUACCAGCCACUGGUACGAUGGGCCCCCGGAGGGGACAGGGCCCCAGGGCUAUGGUCCUGAGAGCCUGGCUUUCUACCCCCAACCCCGCCUGGGGAGGGGUUUGGGGGGGUUGGGGAGGAAGGAGCUGCCCCUCUUCCCCCAGUGGCUGUUCCCCGGCGCAGAUGACUGGGGGGUGAACGCUACCACCAAUGCCAGGAAGGGGCUAAGGGAGAAGCUCCGCCUCCAAAGCGCCCGAUCGGCAGCGGAACCACUGAAGCCUCUUCGACCUCAAGUAACCCCAGGCAGUACCACUCCCAUCCUGAGGGGGUGCUCAGAGAGGGACUCAUCACCCCACCAGAGGUACGUUGGGAGACCCCUGUAUGUCCGGCGCCUCACCAGCCCUGAGGAAAUCAAACAGGAGGUUCUGAGACGCCUUCAGCUCCGCCGGCAGAACAGCACCCCCAACCUGUCCCUCCACGCCUCCCUGGAGACCCCUCAGACCCCGGACAUGGCCAUGUCCUUCACCACCGAGUCCAUCUGUGUCACUGGGAGUAGUGCUGAGCUCAUAGCCGAGCGUAAGAGGCCCCCCAUGGGCCGCCUGCACAUCCCUACCUUCGAGGAGUUUAAGAGGAUGAGACAGAGAGAGGGAGAGAGUGGACAGACAGAGAGCAAGAGUAAUGCUACUACAGUAACAACUAGAGACCAACAGCCAGAGACUGGUACAGGCAGCCAGAGCCCAGGGACAGGCAGAGACUGUAAGACUCAGACAGCCCCAUUGGGACGGCGAGACUCUCAUUCUGCCACUGUGAGAGAGAGGGAGGAGGAGAGGGGGAGCGAGGGGAGGAGAGGCAGUGGUGAGAGGGAGGAGAGGGGGAGCGUGGAGAGGAGAGGCAGCAGUGGAGAGGCCAUGCAGAGUGACAGCUCCCCUGUGGCUCCUCCACCAUACAUCAGUGGAGAGGGGAGUGUGAUGGUAGUGGAGCUGACUCCUACAGCCAGCACUUUGAAAACAGCCUCUCCCAUCGUCACUGUUCCUACUCCCCAGCCAAAAGUCAGCAUUCAGACCACAGUCUCUAACAAAGCUAUAUGUACAGGCCCUACUCCCCGCUCUCCCCUCCAGCCCUCCAGUAAGACCCAGGGGGAGGGGAUCAUGGAUCAUACCCAGGCCCAGGACAGCAGGCCUAGUGUGGGGCUCAGUGUGCCUCGGGCCUCCCAGGUCCCCUUCCCUCCUCCACACAGGGAGAGUGCUGUGGGCCCCUCCAGCUGCUGCCCAGCCCUGCUCCUGGACAGGACUGACCUCUCCAGCUAUGGAGCCAAGAUCUACAAGAUGAAGGAUGGGUUCAUCGGCUCCGCCCUGGACCUCAUCAAGAAGAGCUGCAGUGCAGAGAUUGUAGCAGUGGAGGCCCCCGUCAGGCUGUCAGGUGACCAGGACGACAGCACUAACAUCGCUCCCCCACCAGAUUGUCAAUCCUCCACCGUCUCCAUGACAACCGCGGCGGCCUGUGGAGAGGAGGCUUGCGACGAGCCUGCAGCAGCAGGAGGAGGAGAGGAACUAGCUGCAGAAUGCCACUCUGGCCUGGGCUGCAGGCGCUCCAGCUCGGACGCAGCCUAUGAACCGGCCAAAUCGGUAAGGGCCCAGCGCGAGUGCCGCCUCCGGCCCCACUACAGCGACCCCAUGCCGGCCGACGCCACAAAGCGCAAACAGCUGGAAAUGAAGAUCGCUGCCGCUGCACGCCUCCACAGCCAGCGACGGGACAGGGACAGCGCUCCUGCCUCGGUGCGGGUCCGUUCCGAGCCCCGCGGUGUGGAGCGUCUAGGGAGUCUGGGUGUGACACGGGCUGGACAGCACCGCUGGAGCACCGUGAGCAGCCUCAGUGCCGACAGCGGCGUCGUGGGCCUGUGUGACGACCGCAACGAUGACGAUGAACCCCGGAGAGUACACCACAGCGGAGAAGCUGAGGUAGAACGGGUGGACAGCGGGAUUGGACCCUGCCUUGCUCGCGGCUGGAAGAGACCUUCUGCCUCCCUCAUGGCCUGGGAGGCCCAGAGACCCUGCCCAGACUGUGGCCAGAGAGAUGGGCAUGGGGUGGCCCGGACGGAUGGGGAGGGGACCGGGAUGUGUGAGCGCUGCUCCAAGCUGAGGACGGAGAGGAAGGAAGCUAUCUUGGAGUUCCUGAACACUGAGUCAAGCUAUGGGGAGGACCUGAGGAUCAUCAAGGAGGAGUUCUACUGCCCCAUGCAGAGCGCCGGGCUGCUGAACUCAGAACAGCUGACCGUGGUGUUCAGCAAUGUUCAGGAGCUCAUAGACGUCAACGAACGCUUCACUGAACACCUGCAGGACAGCAUCGACCAGGCCUUCGACCAGGGAGAUGAGGACCUGCUAACAGUGUGCAUUGGAGAGAUUUUCCUGGAGUUUGUCAACAUGCUGCCAGCCUUCCAGACGUACUGCCUGCAGCAGUCCACCUCAGUCAACAUGCUCAACACCCUGGAGAAGGAGAAAGAACUGCUGAGGAUCUUCCUGGACGUGUCCCAGAAUGACAACACAGCCCUGCGGCGUAUGAACCUACGCUCCUUCCUCAUGGCCCCCCUCCAGAGGGUCACCAAGUACCCCCUCCUGCUGAGCCGCAUCAGCAAGGCCACCAUGGAGUGCCACCCUGACCAUGGCCGUCUCCGAGAGGCCAAGAGCCGCGUGGAGUCUCACCUAGAGCACAUCAACAUGAAGACCAAGCAGGAAGGAACCCUGACCUGGACUCUGCGUUCCUUCCGCCGCGACAGCCGCAAGAACCGUGAGGUCAUCAACAUCGAGAUGCGGGAGAUGUCUAUGAAGACUGUGGGCUGGGCCAGGGAGAACACACGCUUCAUCAUGGAGGGGCCCCUGCAGCUCUCCCAGCCUGCAGACGGACAGUGGGUAAAGAAGGGCAGUAAAGGCCUCAAGUUCCAGAACGUCCAGAGUCUGUUGAUGGUGCGUACUCAGCGGCCUGGUGAGGGGCUGUCUCAGACAGACGGCGAGGCCAAGGUGGAGCAGCAGGAGUACGGCGUGUGGGACGGUGUGCUGGUGCUCAUCAAAGACAAGAGCAGUGGGAAGUUCACCGUGCUCAGAGAGCCCAUCCGCCUGGCCAACUGUGUGGUGUCGGCCGACCCUGAAUGCGAGGACACCUUUGAGGUGCUGGACAUACGUAAGGAGGCCUUUGUUUUCAGGGCCUCAGACAAACCCCGCACGCAGCAGUGGUUCCGGCAAAUCAAGAGGUAUACCCGUGACCUGGGGCUGUGGAGGAAGAGGCGUAAUGCGCUCCCCAAUAUUAUGAUGAACACAAACCAGGGCAGGUCCUGAGACUGAGCCCUGAGGAACACCUUUUCCCUGGCUGGAUACCAGUGUAAAUAGAUGUACGACUACUGCAAAAAGAACUGACCAUGGUUCUGGAUGGUGAACCGAUUUGUUUCUGAAGUUUUAAGGUGGGGUUUGUCUGAGGCUUGUGAGGUUCCAUGUUAUGAUGAGGAUAGCACUUUUUUCUAAGAAAAACUGCAAGUGCACCAUACUGUAACGAAACGUAUGAAGGUAUAGUUUUUAGCUUCUGUCUAAAAAUGAUCAGCCACUUGGAUGACCAAAAAGGUGACUUGGUUGGGAACACUGCUGUUUUCUCUUGAAGAAAGAUAUGUUUUCAGUAUACUGACUGACUGGUGUCUGUGUUGAAAAGCAUGGUUGAAGUUGAUGAUUGAAAAAACAUGACUGAAAAAGAUGACUCUGUAAUGUUAAUAAAAAUGCACAAAUGAGUGAAAAACUACUGUUAAAUUAUACAAUGGGGACUUGGACUACAGCUUAGUAAAAAAAGACUUGAACUUUUUAUUUUGUUUUACCUGACCAAGGUAAGUCAAAAGCACUGGCCUCUUCCCACUUUAUUUUGCCCUUUGUGUCAGUAGCAAUGUCCACUGCCAGGAGAGAAGAUCAGUGAUAUGGCAUCCAUAGUAGGAACUCCGUUAGUGACUUCCUACUAUGGAUGCCGUGCAGACAGUGUCUGUCAGACAGAUUGAACCCAGGGUGGUGGACAUACUUGUAUCAGAGGAGGCUGGUUGGAGGAGCUAUAGGAAGACAGGCUCAUUGUAAUCGCUUAAAUGGAAUGAAUGGA